CAGACCGCCCGCCCGCCCUCCUGCUGGUGCCUCCGCGGCCCCAGGUUCCGCACAAGUUUCCGCCGCCGGAGAAGCAGGAGGCGAAGGCGGGGGAGGACGGACUAGGGGAGUCGUACGCCCCCGGCCCUCCCGCCCGCUAUGUGGGGGCGCUUCCUGGCCCCGGAGGCCGGCGGCCGGGACAGCCCCGGCGGAGCCCGCAGUCUCCCGGCGGGCCCAGAUUAUUCCUCAUCAGCAUGGUUACCUGGUAAUGAGUCAUUGUGGCAGGCCACAGCUGUUCCAUCCAACCAUCGAAAUAAUCAUAUCAGGAGACAUAGUAUAACUUCUGACAGUGGUGACACCGGCAUUGGAACUUCUUGUUCUGACAGCGUGGAAGAUCAUUCAACUUCAAGUGGCACAUUAUCUUUUAAGCCUAGUCGGUCGUUGGUUACUCUUCCUACUGCCCAUGUCAUGCCGUCUAACUCCAGCGCUACAGUUUCCAAACACAGGGAAUCAUUGACGUCAGAUGGCUCAAAAUGGAGUACUAGCCUCAUGCAAGCAUUGGGAAACCACAGUAGGGGAGAACAGGACUCUUCACUAGACAUGAAGGACUUCCGGCCCCUCCGGAAAUGGUCAUCUUUAUCCAAACUCACUGCCCCGGAUAACUUCAGCCAGGGUGGCAUUGUACACACUGAAGAGUCAAGGAGUGGUUUGGAAAAGACAGGGAGAGGCAAGGUUUUAACCUCGCAACUAAGAACAAUUGGGCCUAGCUGCUUACAUGAUAGUAUGGAGAUGCUUAAACUAGAAGACAAGGAAAUAAAUAAAAAACGAUCGUCAACUCUGGACUGCAAAUAUAAAUUUGAGAGCUGUAGCAAAGACGACUUUAGAGCUUCCUCCUCCACCCUUAGGAGACAGACCUUAGACAUGACAUACAGUGCCUUACCUGAAAGCAAGCCCAUUAUGACAAAUGCAGAGGCUUUUGAACCUCCGAAAUAUUUACUGCUUGGUCAACAGGCAGUAGGUGGAGUCCCCAUUCAACCUUCUGUGAGGACACAGAUGUGGCUUACGGAGCAGUUGCGGACAAACCCAUUGGAAAAUAGAACUACAGAGGACUCUUACAGUUUAGCUCCUUGGCAACAGCAGCAAAUUGAAGAGUUUCGACAAGAAAAUGAAACACCAGUGCAGGUUUUGACCGGAUCCUCUCGUCAAAGUUAUUCACCUUCUGGCUAUCAGGAUUUCAGUAAGUGGGAAUCAGUGCUGAAAAUAAAAGAAGGACUGCUAAGGCAGAAAGAAAUUGUAAUUGAUCGGCAGAAGCAGCAAAUUAGCCACUUACACGAGAGGAUAAGGGAUAAUGAAAUACGGGCACAACAUGCCAUGUUAGGACAUUAUGUGAACUGUGAAGAUUCUUUUGUGGCUAGUUUGCAGCCACAGUAUGAGAACAGUUCACUCCAAACUCCAUUUUGUGAUCAGUCAGUAUCCCAUUCCCAGCAAGAGGAACUUGAGCAAAAGCUUGCAUCUACUGAAAAAGAGGUUUUACAGCUCAACCAGUUUCUCAAACAAAGAAUAAGCCAAUUUAGUGAAGAAAAGAAGAAACUGGAGGAAAAGCUUAAAACCAGAGAUAGAUAUAUCAGUAGCCUGAAAAAGAAAUGUCAGAAGGAAUCCGAACAAAAUAAAGAAAAGCAGAGAAGAAUUGAGACCUUGGAAAAGUACCUGGCUGAUCUUCCAACUCUAGAUGAUGUACAGAGUCAGAGUCUUCAGCUUCAGAUUCUAGAAGAAAAAAAUAAGAAUUUGCAAGAGACUCUGCUGGAUGCAGAAAAAAAGCUUGAAGAGAUCAAAAAACAGUGUCAAGAAAAAGAGGCACAACUAAUAUGCCAGAAAAAGAAAGAAAAGGAGUUGGUAACUACAGUUCAGAGCUUGCAGCAAAAAGUAGAAAGAUGCCUUGAAGAUGGAAUUCGCCUUCCCAUGUUAGAUGCAAAACAGCUUCAAAAUGAAAAUGAUACCCUGAGAGAACAAAAUGAGAAUGCUAGUAAGAUAAUAGACAGCCAACAAGAUGAGAUUGAAAGAAUGAUUUUAGAAAUUCAGUCUAUGCAAGGGAAGCUUUCUAAAGAAAAAUUGACUACUCAAAAGAUGAUGGAAGAGCUGGAAAAGAAGGAAAGAAACCUACAGAGAUUAACAAAAACAUUGCUUGAUAACCAAAGACAAACAGAAGAGACGUGCUCUUUAUUGGAUCAAGGCCAGGAAGGAGACCAAUCCAGGCAGCAGACAGUACUCACUAAAUGGCCACUAUCUGAUUUGAGUGUGAUUGAUCAGCUGUUCAAGGAAAUGUCCUAUUGUUUGUUUGACUUGAAGGCAUUGUGUAGUAUUCUUAAUCAGCGUGCUCAGGGCAAGGAGCCUAAUCUUUCCUUAUUACUGGGAAUCAGAUCAAUGAACUGUUCAGCUGAAGAGACUGAGAAUGACUACAGCCCAGAGACACUCACUAAAAAAUUGUCAGAUGUAUGCCAGUUACGGAGGGACAUUGACGAAUUAAGGACUACAAUAUCAGACCGCUAUGCUCAGGACAUGGGAGACAACUGCAUUACCCAGUGAUCAACUAUUGGUCCCACAGCAAUAAUGACCCAUUGUUAAAUGCUGCUGUGUUACAGUUCUUCAUAUUUCUUUUUAGGAGCCAUAAUGGAAAGUCACAAGUGACAUAUCGCUUACACAUAGGAUUUUUUUCCAUAAAUUUGUUUUAUUGGAGUGAGAAAGGGGAUUUGAUGAGGUUUCAAAGGGGCUCAUCUAAUCAGGCCAAAAGAAUGACUUACUAUUUGAAAAAUGUGAUAAAGUGUUUAAGAAAAAAAAAAAAAUCUGUAUUCUCAAACUACUGAUCGUAGGACCAAGCUGUGAAGCGUGCCCUUCAGAUAAUGGGAAGCUUGUGUUGUACUUUGGGGUUUUCAAGGGCUGGCUGAACAAGAGUAUUCAACAGCAGGCAAGUGUUUUAAUAGUAGUACAGCUGGCAAAACCAUUUGUAUUUUGAACAACCACUGUGCUGAGAUGAUGAGGUUGUGGGAUCGGGUUGAUUUUAGUACUGUAGAUAGGUCAGCUAUUUUUCCAGAGUGAUUGUGGAUUGCCUUAGAGGUAUGAAAUUUUGAUGUGAUGAUCUUUUUCAUUAGCAUUGUAAUUUAUAUAUCACAAGGCAUUUUAACAUAAUCUGAACUAAUUUUAACAUGUCCCUUACUAUUUACAAUUACUAUUUACUUACAUAUAUCAAUGUAAACAAAGCCAUAAAGAAUUAAUGCAAACCUUCUAAGGCUGUUGUAAAAGAAGGAUUAACUGAAAAGUCACUCUGGAACAGUAGUUUAUUUAUCCAAUUCUCAAACGUUUACAUUUCAGGAGUUUUGUAUAUGUUUUAAAGUUUUAAAACAUAAAGUAUAUGUUUUAAGAAAAGCCAGUCUGUAUUCUUUAUAUCUGAAUUAUCACUAACAUAAAAUUUAAACCAGGUGAUGUUUCAAUUCCAUUUAUUAAGUAAAGUACAUUAAAAACAGGGUUUUUCAUAGAAUACAAACUUGACCAGGUUAGUUCUUCUUCAGGAAUACAGGAUAUCACUAUGAAAUGCAACUGAUUGUUAAGUAGACACAAUUAUUUAAACUUGCAAAUGAGUAUAUUCCUGUUUUAGUUGGUAUUUUGGAAGGACUAUGUAUUUUAAUGCCUUUAGAGCAUUUAUUGCAUUCUUUUGAAUACUUAUAGCAAUCAUUGUCCUUUAAAAACUGGUUUGUUUUCUUGAUGCAACCAGGUCUCAUACAGGUCAAGACUAAAUAAGAGAGAGAAGGAAUAAGGGGUGGUAAUCAAGCAGGAAAAUACUGUUUGGGGCAAGAACAGAUCAUGUGUCUGGUUUUCGUUUUGUUUUGUUUGUUUUGUUUUGUUUUGGGUUUUUUUGCCAGGCUUAAAUACUGGUAUAAAGGCUGCUCCUAGAAAAGAUUUUUCUUAAAUAUUUUCAGCAGUGAAAACAUAUGUGGGAUAAGAACUUCAAGGAAACUGCCCACGAAGACAUUCAGUUCAAAAUUUGGCUUAUAUGCAGUGCUCAGUAAGUUAUUUUAAGGUUAUGUUGCAACAGUCAGUUAUAAUACAUUGUAAGGACAUCAGACUUUGUUUCUGUUCAGUGCCUGAGUAUUCCUUGCUCUUGCUUCUUAGGAUCUGGGCACUAAGAAAUCAGUGCAUUAUAGUGAUUCUGCAUCCCAAGGUCCCUAACUUAAUAAGGAAAAGUCACUGGUAAGAACGUGGCAUUCUAAUGUGUUCAUUUGUUUUCUUAAUGUUGGCGGUUUGAAGACAAUCAGGGAGCAGUAAAGUUAUACCAAAAAUCUGAUGCAAAGAAUUCUGCCUUGUAAAAGUAUCUAGAAAAAUGGGCCUUUACAGUAAAAUAGAUAAUAACAUCUGAGAAAGAUAAGAGAUAUGCAGCACACAUUUUUACAUUCUCUCUGAAUAGAAAUCCCUACCCUUAUCCCCAGCCUCCACGGUUUGGGAAAUAAAGGCACCCUAAGGUGAUAGUGCUAAUGCACAUAAGUAAUCACUGAUUUGGGUCACUCGGUUCUUAAUGUCUUUGAGGUUUUUUAGUAUAUGUUUUGGGGUUUUAUGGUUAUUGUUGUUUUAAACAAACUUUUGGUCAUUUGUUUUAAUAUACUGUAGAUACAUUUUUGUUUUCUGGCUUAGGAUAAAAUAAUUUGAUUUUUUAAACAAGUUUUCUAAAACUUACAGAAUUUGACUUAAUUUACUUGUCUUGAGAUAAAAAUGUUUUAACUUAGUAAAAAAUUGACAAACUACUGAUGUAUUUCAGUUUCCAACAUGUAUACUCCCCCAUAAAUAAAAAAGGGAAAUAAGAUGUGAUAGUUCAGGUAUAACUCUGAAUUACAAAAUGUAAUCUCUUGGAGUCUGGAGUUUGUGAAAGGACCUAAAUAAUAAGUAGAAAGCCUUGGAGGGAAUUGGGGGGGGGGGGGUAAUGAAACUAGUAGUAGUCUAAUUUGUCAGCAUUUAAUUUUGAUUUUAUUUUUCAGAAAAUUGCCCUCUCCCUAGAUAACCUCUUGUGUUAGAAUGUAGUAAUAGUGAUAUCUCACUGAAAGCAAAGAUUUUACUAUUAGGUCAAGUAAGAUGGGCAGAUAGAAAACACUGUAGUGUCUUAUCCUAGUUUAAACUGGGAUGUUCUUAGAAGUUAUUAUACUGAUAUAUAUCUGAGAUGAAAAUUAACCUAAAUUUUGAAGUUAAAUCUAUUUGAAAAUUUCCUUAUAUGUGAAAAAAUUUUAAUUAUGCUUCUGUGAAUUAAAUGCUUAUCUUCUUAGGAAAUGUCUUAUGCAGUAUUAACAUUUAUUAUUGAUCUGCUGGGUUUUGAAGUUGAGUUUAUUCUGCCCCAGUGACACUAAAGCAAGGAUAAAGUAACAGUAUCUCAAUAAAAGACCCAGUUACCUAUGCAGAUAAAAUUAACUGAAUCAAAGGCACAGUAGUUGUCUUUUCAUUUUGAUGUCCAAAAAGGAUGACUUUAGUUUAACUUAGUAAAUUUUCAGUGGCCUCUAAUUUUAAAAGCUCAAGUGUUGACUGGGUAAGUCAUGCCUGAAUUUUUUUUAAGUGUGGCCCCUUCUUAUGUUUGAAAUGGGGUUCAAUAUUUAAUAUUAACAAUAUUGUUUUUUAGUGAAACUUAUUUUGGUCAUGACAGCUUAUUAAACUGAAUUAGACUUCUUUCAGUAACUUGUUGGAGACAAUCUCAAGGGCCGGAAAGUGUUGCUAAAAUGGAUAUUGUACAUUUCUGACUCACUAAUGAGCUUAUAAAUUAAUUUUGUCAUAGUUCAAGACAUUAAUAGAAAUCUCUUAGAGGAUAUUUUCAAAGAAAUCUGUAUUGGGAAAAUGUUCUUUCGAUAUCAGUAAUAGUUCAUUGAAUAACUUAGCAGCGGAGAACUUGGACUAUAUUUUUACAUAGCAUAGCUCAGCUCAUGCACACCUUUAGUUUGGAUUAUUGGUAUUCUUUUAUGUAAAUUUCUAUCAUUGUAGAUAUGUAAUUAUAGUAAGAAGCAGUUCUCAUAACCUUGCUCAGACUAUAUCAUUUGAAACUGCCAGUAGCUGUAGCUCUCAGAGCCAAAGUUAAUUCAUUUUGUUUCUUUCCAUUUUGGGCAAAUUUUGGUGUUCACAAAACAAGAAAAAUGAUUUCCUAUUUGAUUAUAAAGAGUAUAAUUUCUAACCUACCCCAAGUUGCCAUGGUGGCAUAUUACUGUAUGAUAAUAUUAUACAUUUAAUCAUGAAGGGGGAGAGCUUUUGGAUUUUUAGAAUUUUCUUAUUUAAAAGUAUUGAGUAUAUUAAUGUAGUUUCAGAUCAGUAAUUCAUUAACAACACUUGCAGCUGCAUACAGAGAGAACCUUUUGUGCCUUUUUGCCUGCAGUAAGCAUUCAUUUCUAUUUUACAUGAGUUAUAAGAAUGUUGAUGAUUAUUGCACCUUGUUCUUCUGUAAAUAGACCUGAUUAAGGAUUUUUUCUUAAGCAAGGAGCAGUUUUUCAUUACUAGGUAAAUACUUUAGGAAACUUGAGAGGAGGGUAUCGGAUACGUCUUUGGAGCCCAGCCCUUUCCCAGUAUAGAGAGCAGGAAGCUCCUUCGGAAUGUAGUUAUUUGUGUGUAUAUGUGUGUACAUAUGUGUAUAAAUAUUUAAAUACAGAAACAUAAAAUUUGGCAUCACAUUGGUGUGAUGACAAGAAGUAGUAAGGUGCUAGGUGGUUACAUUAAAAGCACAGCAGAGUGUAUAAUCAGUCACUGUGACUGGUGGUUUUGUAAACUAGGUUCAGUUUUUGAACCACCCAGAAUACCUCAUGUGUAAAUAAAAUGGUCAUGACUUAAUUGAAAUACAGUUAUUGUAAAGAGAAUGUGAAGCCACUGGUUGGCUUAUGCCUUCUGAUCUAUCAUUCUUGCCUCUUUUUUUGUAAAGGGGUUUUUUUGUUUUUGUUUUCUAAUAGGGUUUACAGCUAGAAUUUUGAAUGCCAAAGUUCUAUUUAUUAAAUUAAAAAAAGUUUUCAAUGUUAAUGGCUAAGUAUUUUUCCACUGGACUAUUGUUUGUGAUGUUGGAAUUUGUAUUUACAGAGAAAUAAAUUUUUUAUAAAAAGA